CCUCAUUUUCAAGGCUUGAUUCUCUCACAUGGGCCAGAAAUAUCUUUCAAGUUCCAGAUUGUGACAGGUUCCUGGGUGAGCAGUAGGUCUCUGUCACUCUGUCCUGGGGCUUUUGGAUGGGACCUUGCUCUGGAAGAAGCCAUGGACCUCUGGCUUUGGUUACUUUACUUCCUACCAGUAUCUGGAGCUCUGAGGAAGCUCCCAGAAGUCAAGCUGGAGGGGAUGCUGGGGAGAUCUAUUACCAUUGACUGUCCACUUCCUAAAGUGUCUGUGAGGGUAUAUCUGUGCCGGGAGGUGGCCAAGUCUGAAGCAUGUAUCACCGUGGUGUCCAGAACAUUUGUCAAGGAGGAGUACAAACACCGAACCACCAUGAAUCUGUUUCAAGACCAGAAGCUGUUCAGAGUGGAGAUUUCAGAGCUGACCAAGAAUGACAGCGGAGUCUAUGCCUGUGGGGCAGGCGUGCACACAGACCGAGGCAAGACCAAGAAAGUAAUCCUGGAUGUCCACAAUGACUAUGAGCCAUUCUGGGAAGAGGAGCUGAUGCCUGAGAUUCCACCAUGGUUUCAGGAACUUCAACAGGUGUCGGUGCCCCCUUGGCUCCGGAAUCCUGCCCAUGCCAGUCUUUUCGAAUUCAUCACACCCAAAGCAAGCAUAUCAGCUCCACGGACAGAGGCCCCUCCAGCAAGCCACUCCUCCCCCACCACCCCAGUCAUUCACCACCCUCGAGUUUCCAGAUCAUCUUCAGUGGCUGCUGCCCAGACCACAACCCUCCUGCCAUCCACCACGGACUCAAAGACCUCAGCACUGGAAGGGCUGCUCAGGCACCAGACAGCCAGCUACGAUCAUCACACCAGGCUUUACAGGCAGAGAGCCUUCAACCGUGGCCCAGGGUCUCGACUGGAAGGCCAAGGAUUUCACAUUCUGAUCCCCACCGCCCUGGGCCUCAUCCUGCUGACACUUCUGGGGCUGGUGGUGAAAAAGGUCAUCCAAAGGAAGAAAGCUCUCUCCAGGCGGGUCCGCCGACUGGCCGUGAGGAUGAGAGCCCUGGAGGCCCCUCGGCGGCCCCUGUCGCAGCGGCCCCCGGUGUCACAGUGGCCACGCUCCCAAAACAACGUCUACAGCGCCUGUCCUCGGCGCGAUCCCGGGGCCCACGGGGCGGGUGAGCGGGUUGCACCGGUCCCCGAACCCGGAGGGUCUGCGCUUCCCGCCCCGCAGCAGGUGUCCGAAGCCCCCUGGCCCCAUGUGCUAUCUCUGAAGACUAGCUGUGAAUAUAUGAGCAUCUGCUACCAACCUGCUGCCAAGGUGGAGGACACUGAUUCAGAUGACUACAUCAAUAUCUCCUGCCUGACUCACCCCUCCAGCUGUCCUCCCGAGCCCAAACCUUGAUGCCAAUGAGUCUUGUCUGUCUGCUGGUUUCCAACACCAGCUCCAUCUGUUUUCGGAGUCCUCAUUACCUCCCACAUCCCACCUUGAGUCUCUCCCUGUCUGAUCGCCCUAAGCAAAGCUUAGUCCCCACAGCUAUUCUUGCACAUUUUUGCAAAACCCUCAUAGCUUUCAGGUGGGCUCUGGCCAGUCAGAGCAUUUGUUCUGAUGUCACCUUAUUCCCCUUCAAGUAAUGUAACAGGCUAUGGGAUUUGCAGACUAUCUUUGAUCACAAGGUUUUUGCUGCCUUGGUUCUAGGGCAUGUGGCAUUAGGCUGAAGCAUAGGCACAGUCGUUGCUUCUGGAACCUUUCCCAGGCCUGGGCCUCAUACCAACAGAAGGCCCCUAGACUGCACCGUGAGCGUAUGCCUCAGCCCUUGAGCUAGGAAGGGACCUGGUGUGAAAGAAACGCCCCUGGCAACAUCUUUGCCCUGAUCUCAAGGAUGGCACUUACUAGCGAGCUUUACUCAUCUUGUGUCCUAUGGUAAGGGCAAUUUACUUUGAUGUGAUGUGAUAUAUAUGAUUCUAAAUUUUCAGAACCAUAUAUAUCUUUCUAUAUCUAUAAAUCCUCUUUAAGCCCCCCCUUCCUUGAUACUCAUAAGGAGACUGAUUCUGGCAUUGCCCCUCUUUUAGAAAUAGUUGUUGUCUCCUCUUUAUCCUUCCAUUCCCCAGCACUGCUAUUUGUGCUCAUACCUUAACCAUCUUAGCAAUGACCAUUACAUCUCUCUGCUUUCAGAAAUGCACCUUAUCCCUUUGGGGAAGGAAAGUGGCCUGGGAUCCCUGGAGGUCCAGGUGCUCUGAAAUAGCACUGUAUUGCGGAGAAAGAGGCAUCCUAUCUCAUCCAUAUGCUCUUGCACUUAAAUUCUCUAAGCAAGGGCAUAGGCAGACAUUGUAUCUUUAGACUGAAGUCAACUACAAAACUCAGCCAGAGCCCGAGACUAGAGAAUGCCCAGUCUUGUGGUUAGGAAGAAGGUCUCUCCCAGACACAACACUUACCCUCACUAGCCAGAAAUAGAAAGGAAAGACUGCCAGACUUGAGAUUCCUGCCUUUUAUUAGCAGGGCGUGCCAUCACAGAUUAGAGAGUCCGUCCACGUGCAAUGACACCAUCAGCAAUGUCAGCUUGACCCUGGCACCCCCUUGAGUGGCAGAUAAGGGAAGAAUAAGUAAGAUUAGAGGGGAGGCACCCAAGGGGAAGGGAUGGUGGAGAGGGUGGACAAGAACUGUUAAGGUUUAGUGAGCUGCUUUGUGUUGGGCACUUAACACAUAUCUUUUAUCCUUUACAUUUCAAACUGGUGCCCUCACCCCCACCCCACUGCUCUGUUCUUGGAGAUGUCAUGACAAUGUGAUGUCCAUGCCCGAACAUUCAACUUUGUAUUCCAGCAUCCCUCAUUGUUCCUCAACAAUUCAAAGAUGGCAAAAAAAUCCAGUUUAUUAAGCAUUUACUGAGCUCCACAUGGGUCCAGGGAUCAUGGAGGAUAAAAUAGAAGCAUGGGGCAUUGUCUCUGGUCUCUUCACAAUACUUAGUCUCACAAAUAAAUGUAACAUCAGUUAAAACACUCACAGGAAUUAAAUAGACUUGUAAUAAAUACAGAAAUCUUCAUAGA